UUCAGCUCCCGGUAGAUGCAUUGCAUUUACUUCGGACUUGACCACCAUGGUGAAUUACAGUGUGUGAGGUUUGCUCUCUCUGUCAGAAGUCAAUUUUGUCCUAAGCGGGCAUCCUUACGAGCAGCCGUCCGUUGGUCUUGGUGUGGCGUCUCUGCUCUUCUCAGCAUGAAUAUUUCUGAGCCGUAUGAACCCGUCCAGUACCACUGGUUUUUCAACAAGCAGGUGGACUCCAAGGACACCUGGCAACCCUUCAGCAGUGAAGACUCACGGCGACUGGAGGAUGCUCACAGUCGAGUGGGGAAAAGUGAAAAGGAUGAAGUGGUUGUGGCUACAGAUGGAAGACGGUAUGACGUCAGGCUAUGUGAAAGAAAGCGUUACUCCGUGUAUUGGGAACAGAAGCCCACCGAGGUCAGACGAUGCUCCUGGUUCCACAAAGGCAGCAAAGAAGUGAUCUACACUCCCUAUAGCGAGGAACUCAGUGAUUUCCUAGAGGACGCCUAUAUGAUUGCAGUUACGCUGGACGAAUGGAAGACGAAUUUGGAGCUCCCUACAGGGGAAACAGUGAUCCUUCACAAUCCAAAGCUUAUGACACAGUAUCCCAGUGGUUGCAAGGACUUUCCCCCUUCCCCAUCUGAACGAACUCAACCCGUAACUCUAAAGAGAGGAGUUGAGAAUAUUCCACUGGAGAUACCAGAGGGAGAACCAGAGAUAGUAGACCACCUGGUGUUCAUGGUUCACGGUAUCGGUCCGGCCUGUGACAUACGUCUCCGUGGCAUUGUCCAGUGUGUUAAUGAAUUUCGAAAUGCCUCCAACGGCCUCUUAAACAGCCACUUCAGGCAGAGUGAGGACUUGUGCAUCAUUGGAAGGGUUGAGUAUCUUCCAGUCAACUGGCACAAAGUCUUACAUGGAGAAACUACAGGAGUUGACAAAGACAUUGAGAGAAUCACACUGCCUAGCAUUAGCCGUCUGCGUCAGUUCAGCAACGACACCGUGCUGGACCUUUUCUUCUACAAUAGUGCCACAUACUGCCAGACGAUUGUGGAUACAGUGGCCUCUGAGAUCAACCGUCUCCACAGCCUCUUCCUUCAGAGGAAUCCACACUUCACAGGACACGUUUCCUUGGUUGGACACAGCCUCGGCUCAUUGAUCCUGUUUGAUCUCCUGACCAAUCAAAAGACAAGUGCAGAUGCCACAGCUCAUGAGCUCCAGGAGGACACUCACGUUGACACGGGCUGCAGUUCCUAUGAGAGUCUGGAGGAGGCGCUGAAGAGCCAUGGCUUGGAAGAGCACCUCAAUGUACUGCAGAGAGAACAAGUGGAUAUGGAGUCUUUGACGCUCUGCUCAGAGAAGGACCUACAAGAUAUCGGACUACCCCUUGGUCCUCGCAAGAAACUGAUGGACUGUGUCAAAAAAUGGAAGAACUCCAGAAUCGGAAGUGGACAUGCACCCCAAAAUGAGACGCUCUCCUCAAGUCUAGGGAUGAGAAAAGCUCAUGAACAUCAAACCCCCAACACUAGUGCAUUUGAUUAUCAGCAUUUUAAUGUUGGCAUUGGACAAGUAUCCAUUGACUAUCCUCAGUUAGCCUUUCAUCCUCAGGCUUUCUUUGCUGUUGGUUCUCCCAUAGGAAUGUUUUUAACUGUUAGAGGUCUGAAGAGGAUUGAUCCUAACUACAGCUUCCCUACCUGCAAAAGUUUCUACAACGUCUUCCAUCCAUUUGACCCAGUGGCGUAUCGGAUCGAGCCCAUGCUUGUGCCUCAAGACGUGGACUUGCCACCAAUGUUGAUACCCCAUCAUAAAGGCAGAAAGAGGAUGCACCUCGAACUCAAAGAAGGGUUGACUCGAGUCAGUUCUGAUUUACUGGGUUCCCUACGAAUGGUUUGGCAGAGCAUUUCUCAGGUCCCAUCGCCAGCUCUUGCAGAGGGUGGACUCAGUUCCGUGACCCCUACUGAUGAAGCAGAAGUGUCACCAAUGGAGCACGAGCAGAGAAACUUCAAGGUGGGAAUGUUGAAUCGUGGGCGACGUAUUGACUUUGUCCUUCAGGAGACACCAAUUGAAAGUUUCAAUGAGUACCUGUUUGCUAUACAGAGCCAUCUGUGCUACUGGGAGUCAGAAGAUACUGCUCUUUUGGUUCUGAAAGAGAUUUAUGGAAAUAUUCCAGUUGGAGGUGCUCCUUUAUAAAUGUUAU